GUGAUCUGAUAGACUGAGACUAACAUACGCUGCAUAAUUGAUCAAAUUUGAAAUGCCACAAUUAGACAAUUUGGGUUAUUCAGGAACGAUAUCUGCAGCUAGCAGCGCAUACCAACGGCGGUCAAAUGCCGGAAAUCUGCGGAAAAGUAUUGUUCUUCGUCGUCCCAUCUUCAGUCAAGACAAAUUUGACAGCAGUCAGGAAUUUGGCGAACACGGCACUCCGACCAGUCCCUGGGAUAAACUGAAGCGCUACAUCAGCCAUCAAGCGUACAAAGUCCAACACUGGCAACCCAACGUUUUCCGACUGCUGGUGCGAUUCUUCGUCAACACGUUCCCGAUCUUGAAGUGGCUACCAAAAUACAAUGUCCGACAAGAUCUACUGCAGGACAGUAUUGCUGGUUUCACCGUCGGAGUUAUGAAUAUUCCACAAGGCAUGGCGUAUGGAUUGCUGGCGGCAUUACCGGCAGUUUAUGGUCUCUACACCAGUUUUUUUCCAGCUUUGUUAUACACCGUUAUGUGCACUUCCAGGCAUGUUUCCUUCGGAACAUUCGCCAUUGCAUCGAUAAUGACAAGCAAGGUUGUCCAACGCUAUGCACUGGCCGGAAGUAAUUCUGAGCUGCUUCACUCAAUCACCUCCAACAUGACACAGCUCCAAACGGUGGAGGUCACAAAUCCAGGCGAUUUGGAUGCCAACCUGGAAUUGCGAAUAACCGUGCUGGUGGCUCUCACAGUAACUGUUGGAAUUUGGCAGCUGAUCAUGGGGAUACUUGGAUUAGGCUAUCUCAGCAUAUACCUUUCCGAUCAACUCGUGAAAGGAUUUACUACGGGAGCGGCAUUUCAUGUGUUCACCAGUCAGUUACGUUCAAUUUUUGGAUUACGAAAGCUGAAGGAAUAUUCUGGAGCAUUAAAGCUCGUUUAUGCAUACAUCGAUUUCUUUAAACUUAUCAAAGAAACCCACAUCCCAACUCUCGUCAUAUCCAUCAUUUGUCUGGUCAUCCUUUUAUCGGCGAAAUUUUUAAUUAACGAAAACAACUGGAUACAGUCACGGCUGCCCGUAAAAAUACCAUUUCCAUCGGAACUGGUUGUGGUUGUUUUCGGAGCUCUUGCAUCAUACCUUAUGAGCCUGGGUACUGCUUAUGGAGUGGAUAUUUUGGGUCACAUUCCUCUUGGGCUUCCGGCACCAAGGCUUCCUGACCUUUCGAUUCUUCCAGCUUUUGCGCUUGAUAGUUUUGCAAUAGCGAUUGUCAGCUUCGCCAUCACCUUAUCGUUGACUAAGCUGUUCUCGAAUAAAUACAAAUAUAGCAUCGAUGCCAAUCAAGAGUUGCGAGCAAUGGGGUUCAGCAACAUUUUUGCUGGCUUCUUCCAGUGUAUCCCGUCAACGGGAUCACUGGGACGAACAGCGGUGCAGACAUCCAUCGGAGGGAAAACACAGAUUGUCAGUGUCAUAUCCACAGUGUUCGUCCUGAUUGUCCUCUUAGCACUUGGGCGUCUACUGGAACCGCUGCCGAAAGCCUGUUUAGGAUGUGUGAUCGUCGUGGCCUUAAUUGGUUUACUCAAGCAGAUCAUGGAAUUAAGGAAACUUUCGCGAGUUUCUGCCAUCGAUACUUCGGUGUUUGUUGUGACCCUUGGCGGUGUGCUGUUGACGGACAUAGAUUUGGGUCUGGGCAUUGCUGUGGGGUGGAGUCUGUUGACCGUAGUAUUCCGCACCCAGAGACCGGACGUUUCUGUUCUUGGAAGAGCACUGGGCACGGAGAUCUACAAACGAAUCGAUGUGUACAAAUCGGCAGUGGAAGUUCCUGGCUGCAAGAUUAUUCGCUUUGAAGCGCCGCUCUAUUUUGCGAACUGCGAAUACUUCCUUGAUAAGAUUCACCAUAGCGCUAAAUUAGGCAAGUACAGAGCUCGUCCGUCGAAAAGGGAAGCGCGCAGCCGACAGGGCUCAACUGCCAGCUACAAGGGCUUCGUGGAGUCCGGCUCCACGAAUGAUCAUGACAUUGAAAUGCAUACCGUUUCCCACGCCACCACCCUGUACGACAAUCACCCCUCCCAGGACAUCCAGUACACUCCCUUCAGUGCACCGGAACGCGGCGGCCGGGUCGAUGCCGCCACGUUGACAAUGGACCUGGCUCCAGUUGAGCCGUUAACCCACCUAAUCGUCGACUGUUCUAGUGUAUGUUUCGUGGAUGUUAACGGAAUUGCGGCGAUUAAUCAGUUGGCGGCGGAGUGCAGCGAUGCAAAGAUAUCUUUAUUCCUCGCAUCCUGUAAAGCGAACAUGCGAGAAUCUUUGGCAUUAUCUGGAUUCACACCCCAGCUGAACGUUGAUCACAUAUUUGUUUCCAUUCACGACGCCAUCAUGCAAGCUGUCCAGGAACACGCUAUUUCAUAUCCUUCAUCGGAGCAUCUGCAAGACGACGAAGAAAACUCCAGUAAUAAUGAAACCGAUGAAGUUUUCGUCGCAACUGCAAACCAUCGAAAGAAAGCCAAGCCGAAAACUUCGUUGGUAGAAAUUCCUAAUUCGAGCGUCCAUGCGUCACGUUUGCAACGAUGGUACAGCGAACCGGCAUCGGAACCACUGCCUCAUCCUCAAGCCGGAAAUGGAACUACAGUCACUCGUGGUCACAAUCCUUGAUGAAACAAAAGUUGCUGAUCUAGGAAUAAAGUACUAGUCGGGUAUUUUGAACCAUGCAAAAUUAUUCAAACACAAUUUGCCGUUUGUAUUGACUUCGGCAUUCGUCUGUGAUGAAUGACGGUUAAGCUGUUCUAAUUGUCAACUGGAGACAUACAGUAUUCUGUUAUCAUUAAUGAUGAUCAUUAAACUUUCAAUUAUCAACAUUUAAUUUAGUUCUACUUAUCUAUUAAU